AUGUUUCCUCCUCAGAAUCUCAAUAUCGACCUGGAAGCCUUGAGUGGAAUCUGUGGCUCCAUCUCAAUCGCCUGCUGGGUCGUCGUAUUCUCGCCCCAGAUAAUCGAGAACUUCCGCCGCGGGUCCGCAGAGGGCCUCUCGCUGCUCUUUCUCGCCGUCUGGCUGGCAGGUGAUGUCUUCAAUAUUCUCGGUUCCAUCCUGCAGGGCGUCCUGCCGACAAUGAUUAUCCUGGCCGUCUACUAUACCCUCGCCGACAUCGUGCUGCUAGGGCAAUGCCUUUACUAUCGCGGGCUUACGUUCGGCGACGACGCCUCCACGGCUUCGGCGGCAGAAGAGCCCGAUGAGAUUGAGACACCGUCGCCCGUCAUUUCCAGGAAAGCAAACGAGCGGACAUCGCUCCUACCGACGCACGAAACGCACCAAUACCACACGUACCAUGCUGGGACGAGCGCAUCGGCCUCCAGAAACCCUACUCCUCAUGCGGAUGUCGUCUCAGCACCCCUCCUCGCAUCGUCGAAUGACCGACGCCGCAGACACUCGGCCUCCGUGGACGGAACACACCUCUCCCCGGCAACGCCCUUCAUUGAGCCCUCGUCAUCGCGCAAAACGAAAGCCAUUUCAACCCUUCAAUCUGUCCUCUUCAACCUCUCAGCCGUCGCAAUCGUCUGCGCAGCCGGGAUCCUAGGCUGGUACGCCAGUCUUUCUGCACCAGUUAAGCACCACAAGCACACAACGCACCACCAUGAAAAGCCCGACGCCGAACCCGUCUCUUUCGAUAAAUGGGGCCAAGUCUUUGGGUAUCUCUGUGCAGUGCUAUACCUCGGCUCGCGCCUCCCACAGAUCAUGCUCAACUACAAGCGGAAGUCCACGGAUGGCGUGUCCCUGCUUUUCUUCCUUUUCGCCUGCAUCGGGAAUCUAACAUACGUGCUUUCGAUCCUGGCUUACUCUCCUGUCUGUGAGCGGCCUCGCCAUUGUGAGCAGGGUGAGGUGGGCAAGCUGUAUGCGCGGUAUAUCCUCGUGAACCUGUCUUGGCUGGUCGGGAGUUUUGGGACGUUGUUCUUGGACAUGUGCAUUUUUAUCCAGUUCUUUAUGUAUAAGGAUAAUAAUGCGCGGUCAACGAUGGCUGUUUCUUGA